AUGGAUUCAAAAGUUGUUUUAAAGGACAAAAAUCCCCAUGACAACGCUAAUAUUUUUUCGAAAAUAUUUUUAUGGUGGAGUUUUGGUGUCUUUCGCAAAGGAUAUAAGCAAGGCCUUACAAUAGAAGAUCUGUUUCAAGUGCGUGAUGGCGAUCACUCCGGGCGACUCGGCGAUCGCUUGGAAGAGGCGUGGCAAAAAGAACUUGAUAACGCUCGUCGCAAUGAUGUAAAACCUUCACUUGUGAAAGCUAUGAUAAGGGCCUUUUGGCUUGAAUAUAUGUUAUGUGGGUUUUUGACUGGAAUAUUAUUUAUUAUUGUAUGGCCGUUAGUUCCUUUCACUCUGGCAUUAUUUAUAGGAUAUUUUUCCGAUGAAAAUACUCCAGAAAAUUAUAGAAAUGCUCAUAUUCAUGCCUUUCUUAUGAAUUUAUUUAGUAUUUCAACAUGCCUUAUGUUGAAUCAUGCACAAUUAGCUCAAAGUUGCGUUGGAAUGAGAGCAAGAGUUGCUUGUUGCUCUUUACUGUAUAGAAAGAUAUUGAAACUCAGUCAUUCUGGUCUGGGUCAAACUGAACCGGGACAGGUGAUAAAUUUAAUGUCAAACGAUGUUAACCGCUUUGACAUAGCAGCUCCAUAUUUGCACUAUUUAUGGGUUACGCCGAUCGUGGUACCAGUAGUAUCGUAUCAAUUGUGGCAGCACGUUGGCCUGGCGACACUAGCAGCGCUUGCCGUUAUAUUUCUGCAGACUGUUGUUGUUCAAGCAUACUUAAGUAACCUUCAAGGCAAAUUCAGAGGCAAGAUUGCUACACGAACUGAUGAAAGAGUUAAAGUAAUGAGCGAACUCGUGAAUGGAGUCCAAGUCAUAAAGAUGUACGCUUGGGAGAAACCCUUUGAAAAGUUAGUGGAUACAUUAAGAAGGUAUUAUAAUAAGGCAGUACCUAACUUACCUUUUACGGAAAAUGAUUUUUGA